AAACCCCUGCACUACGGGACCCUCCUGGGCAGCAGAGCUUGUGUCCACAUGGCAGCAGCUGCCUGGGCCACUGGGUUUCUCAAUGCUCUGCUGCACACGGCCAAUACAUUUUCACUGCCCCUGUGCAAGGGCAAUGCCCUGGGCCAGUUCUUCUGUGAAAUCCCCCAGAUCCUCAAGCUCUCCUGCUCACACUCCUACCUCAGGGAACUUGGGCUUCUUGUGGUCAGUGUCUGCUUAGCAUUUGGCUGUUUUGUGUUCAUUGUGGUGUCCUAUGUGCAGAUCUUGAGGGCCGUGCUGAGGAUCCCCUCUGAGCAGGGACGGCACAAAGCCUUUUCCACCUGCCUCCCUCACCUGGCCGUGGUCUCCCUGUUCCUCAGCACUGUCAUGUUUGCCUACCUGAAGCCCCCCUCUAUAUCCUCUCCUUCCCUGGACCUGGUGGUGUCUGUUCCGUACUCGGUGGUGCCUCCAGCAGUGAACCCCCUCAUC